AUGACGCGCCACCGGCCUGCUGAAUUCAGCCUGCCAGAAGUUGACGCUCCACGAGAUGUACAAUUAGACCAGCCUCCGCCAGGCACCACGCACGUGCAUCAUGCAAUCCCCAAUGGCUCGGCCGCCUAUGCGUCGAAAUCGAUCUUCAUGCAGCGGGACGAGGGCCUCCCAGAGUAUGCGGAACGAAUAUUUUCACAGUUUUUGGUAUUCACCGUGCCGAGUUAUCUACAGCAUUUGGUUACAGGCGGAGACCCCGACAUCCCGAAACGAUUACAUGACAUUGCAGCAUUAGAUGGACUGAGAGGCUGGGCAUGCCUGCUCGUCUUCAAUUUUCACUUUUUCUUCACUUAUACAUGGGACACCCACGUCGGCUGGGGCUUCAACAAGCAGAAUUUCGGAGUCCACAAGCUACCUAUCAUUCACCUGCUCUUUUCUGGCCACAUCAUGGUCGCCAUAUUCUUCGUCAUCUCCGGCUAUGUCCUGUCCUACCGACCCUUGAAGACAAUUCGAAAUAGAUCAUUUGAACAAACCUUCACCGUGCUUUCCUCCGCAACCUUCCGCCGCGGCUUCCGCCUCUACGUGCCGUCGAUAGUCGGCAUGUUCUGUGUGCUCAUCGCGAUUCGCUUAGGAUUGUAUAACUAUUCCGACUGGGUUGUCGCCAAAGGCCGCACAGUCACGGGGACGAACGAGCAAAACCCGAUCAUUUUGAGGACAACGUACAUACAGCUCUGGGACUUUUACGGAACCCUAUGCCGCUUGGUGAAUUUUUGGGACUGGGGUUUGUACUACAACAACUACAACCCCCAUCUCUGGACUAUCCCUGUUGAGUUUCGUAGCUCGAUUGUGCUUUUCGUCACCAUUCUCGCUACCUGUCGGUUCACAACCAAAGUGCGCUUGGUUCUGGAGUUUGCUAUUCUUUGGUUCUGUAUGCGAUGGGGUCGCUGGGAGGUGGUCCUUUUCCUUAGCGGCUUAUUGCUCGCUGAGAUAGACCUCAUUAAUGGUAUCUGGAACCCGUCGCCCACGACGAUUGCAGAGAAACAGAUCAAUACCAGCCCUAUCCGACACUUCCUUCAGCGACGACACCGAGAAAUCUGGAUGGCAACUUUCGUUUUAGGACUCUACAUUGGAUCUUCGCCGAAUAUUGGAUACCCAUACACCCCCGGGUUUGUCUGGUUGACCUACAUAACACCAGCACCUUAUCCAGAACCUCAUCGCUUCCCACAAACAGUCGGCGCUGUCUUGAUUGUUGCGAGCAUCAACAACUGCAAGCCGAUCCAGAAAAUCUUCGUUAACCCACUCUCUCAGUAUCUCGGACAGAUAUCGUACGCGUUUUACAUCGUACAUGGUCCGAUCCUUCAUGGCUUCGGCUUUGUCCUGAUGUAUAAUAUCUGGGGAUUGACCGGACGCGAAACCAAUUUACAAUUCCUCUCUGGGGCUGCCAUUGGAUGGUCUAUCUGUCUGCCGAUCGCUCUUUGGCUCGCAGACAUCUUUUGGAGAGCCGUCGAUUUACCAAGUGUCAAAAUGGCACGCCAAUUGGAAAACAGGCUAUUGGCCCAGUUUCAAUCAUGA